AUGUUUGACAUUACUUUUUAAGCCUUAGAGCCGCAAACAUUUCUAAACGAAAAAUUGAAAUUUGUGUUUUAAAAUAAUUUGCUUUGUACAAAAAAAAUAAUUUUACCGGUGUGAGCUCGUGAACGCUGCGGCAUGGCAAAUCAAGGGAAUUGGGCUGAUGCUAAUCUAGUCCAAAGUCUCAACGAACAAAAACGUUAUAUUAAUGAUAUGGAGAAUGACAUUCAGGAAAUGCAGCAAUACUAUGAAAAUGAGGUUGAGCAGUCCAAGUACAAUGAAGAAGUCCUUAAGUGCCGCUGCAAUGAGCUCCAACAACAAGUGCUGACCCUCCAGCCGGCGCUGAAGCGUGCCGACCAGAUGCAAAUGGAGAUCGAUGUUUUACGCAACGAGCUGCGAAAACGUGACUUGGCUUUGAAUGCCUACGAUUGCCAGUACCAGCAGCUCAUGACCGUCGUCUGUGAAAUCAACCAAAAGUACGGAAAUCACCGUGGUGACUGUCCCUCAUUUAAUAUUCCAGACUUUCCAGAAGUUGGGGAUGACCUGAUUUUGUACACGAGUGCCACCAUAAAACUCAUCGUGAAAGACAUGGCCAAACAAGCCUAUUGGUUCGAGCAAAUCAACGAGGAUAAGUAUUUUGGUAGUCAGACUACCAAUAAUAUAGAAGACUGCAUAACUGAGAUGGAUCGACUACGAACUUUGCUAAGGCAAAAGGAUGGCCAGUUAGGCAAUUUGAUAGAGGAGAAUGCGUGCAUGUGGGAAGCUGCUGUCGAAAGCAAAAGACGACUCAACCAAUUAAAUAACCGAGUGCGUGAACUUCAUAGAGACACAAAAUAUAUGGAGGAGGGUAUGUGCGCGGGUAUUGGAUUAAUAAAGGAUAUUGAUAAGGUUCGCGGAAAAGGAACUGAGCCCUCGGACUUACAGAAACAGAAAUAUUGUAAGUCUACGGACAGUUAGUAGGGCCUUGCGCGACGGGAUCGGACCCCAAUGAUCCCAUCCCAAAUGCGUCGUGCUGAAACAUGCCUACACUCAAAUAACGCGGCUUAAUCUUAAUUGAGGCUGGCAGUGCCAACUAAUAUAAAUAUUCAAUCACUAGCGGUACACAAAAUAUAUGAAAUAUACAAUUCUUUUCAUUUUUCA